AMAGUCAGUCGAGUCAGUCGUACUGUCGAACACCAUGAAGCUCUCGUUCGUUGUUCUCGUGAUAUUUGGCGUCGUCUCCUUCAGUGGAGCAGUUCCCGUUGAAGACCAACCAGAAACUCCCUUGCAAACUGAAGAUGAUGUUCCAGCUGAUGAGGAACAAACUGAAGGUGCAGAAGAAYUCCAGAACGAGGAGUUUGAGGACGAUAACAGCAUCCCAGACGAACAAUUUGAUCCAAAAGGAGAACUGGAAGACCCGAAAGACAAACAAGAUCUAGAAACGUCAGACGAAGAUAAAGUUGAGGAUCCUAAAAAAUCUCUCAAARGCAGGCGUCGUCGCAGAGGAGGAAUAAGAGUAUACUUUAACCGUCGACGUUGCAGUCGCUUCAAUCUKGGGUAUUCGAAUCGUUUUGGAAUAUACGCGUGCAGGCAUUGCAAWAGGCGUGUUUGUCGAAARGGAUUUGAUUUAARAAGCCGUAUCUAUAUACAUGGUUGUUWUAACACACGCUACAUAUUUUGCAAACARCUGGUUCCCCCGCGUCACCGACGUCCACGCAAAGUUAAAGCUCGUGAAUGAGAACAAAGCAAUCGAAUUUGCUUGAUCUACAAUAUUGACACUGAUGUAUACCAUUUAUCAAUGAUAGCUCAUCUACAUUUUUUUUCCUACAUCUUUUUUGAUAUGCAAUCACUCUGAUCCCCUCAAGCGAUCAUAAUCCUUAGCRUUAAAACAAUUGUGCGAYAGGGCAAUUGUAAAUUCAGUCAGUAAAUGCACUAAUUUAGUUAGAUUGGAUGGUACUCAAAUGACUAUCUUGUCAUUGAUGUUUUUUUAUGUAUUAAUUAAGAAUAAAACGCAUUCAUAACAAAAA